UUACGAUGGAUGCCGUCUGUUCGGAGUCCACCAUGGACCCCUCAGUUCGCGUACGAAUGUUUGAAGCUCAUAUACAGAACUACAGUGGCAAUGAUCCACUUGAUCCCUGGUACAGAUAUUUUCAGUGGAUAGAAGGAAUGUCAGAAGCAGAAGGAAAGCAAACUUGCCUGUUAUCUCUACUGGAGCGGCUUGUGAAAACAUUUCUAAGUGAUAAGAGGUAUCAUGACGACAUGAGAUUCAUCAACUGCUGUGUCAAAUUUGCUGACUUCAUUGAUAAUCCAAGUCAUUUUUUUGAUUACAUGUACAACCAAGGAGUUGGUAAUAAAUCAUCCAUUCUAUAUAUUUCUUGGGCACAACAACAAGGAAAUGUGUCUCAGGCAUGCACUGUUAUUCAGAGAGGUAUCCAAAAUGAAGCUCAGCCAAUUGAGAAAUUACAUCAUCAGUACCGGUUGUUACAGAAUAGCUUGCCACAGAAUGAAAUUUCAACUCCAGUUGGUGUUUUGCAGCAACGUAAUCCUCAGCUGUCUAAUCAUUUGGCUUCUAAAAAUGAUUCGGCCUGUCCCUACCAGAGUCAGAAUCCAGAUAGUUCUGAAUUACACCCCAUCACUUGCGGGGAACAAGAGAAUAUAGAAAAACCCAAGUACAUCACCACCAUUUCUAAGUCAGAAGUUGUACCAAAGCCAUCAAGUCACGCUGCCCUUGAACAGCAGGCGAUGUAUGACAAGACACUUCUUGAUUGUGAAGGUUCUGAACUGUGCUUUGAAGAAGUGAGAGCCAAAGCAUAUUUGAAGAAGGCAGAAUGUUUGAAAAGACAAAAGGAAUUGGAGAAUGAAGACAAGAAGUUAAUGAAGAAGAAAGAAAGUGACCUCCUUGAGCUACAGAAACUGCAGCAGAAAUUGGACCAGCUCUCCCAAUCAUCAUCUUCAUUCCAGAAAGAUGUGUUACAGCCAGUUGCUCACCAGUCCUCGCUAAACUCAACAGGGGGUGAUCAAUGUGUACAGAUGACAACACCACAAUGUUGGCCAGAAAGGGUAACUUCUUCUGUAACUCAGAGUGUUCCGAACUUGAGAUCAGAACAUCAAAGUUUAUCAGGAGAUGCUUUAACUUCCCGGCCUAUUGGAAAUUACCCACAAAGAUCUGCUUUCAAGGAGAUUGGAGUGUCUUCAACUUCUUUGACAAUGAUGAGCAAUGUAGCCAAUACCGAUGAAAUUCUUGGGCAAUCAUCAGUAUUUGAUCCUCCGAUGACAGCUGUAAGUGAGAAAGCUGCAUUUGAAAUUCACCCUGAUUUUGAAGAAUGUGCAAGUAGUCUGCAUAGGCUUCAAGUCAACAGUAAUGAUUCUGUCCAACCACCUCAGAAGUAUACUACUAACUUCCAUAAUUGCCAUGAUGGAGAGAUGCACAUAGAUCCUUCAAAUCAGAAAGAGCAGCAUUCCAUGGAAAUGAGAGGCGGUAACAGAAAUACGUCAGGAGUUUUUGAUCAACGUCAUAUAACUCCAAAUGCAUCAAGCAUAAUACAAGCAACCCCAUCUAAAGUGCAGCCUUCUCCUACUGUUCACACAAAAGAAGCCUUGGGUUUAAUCAUGGACAUGUUUCAAGUGGCUUCUCUAAAAGAUGCCACUAUACUUUCAGAAGAUGAGGAAGAAGAUGUUGAUUCUUUCUUCAGAAACAAAGAUCCAGGUGAGGUUGUCAGCAUUAAGCCUAGUGUUCCUGCUGCGUUACCUGCUUUUACAAUUUUUGAAGAUGAGAAUAUGGAGGUCCUGCAGUCAGUCCCAAAGUCGACAUCUAUCAAAGUAUUUGGUGAACGUCCCAGAGACACUUUGACUGUUUUUAAUCCAAGAGAUGAAAGCCAGACAGUAGAGGGUCUGACAAGUGACUAUACUGUAUGGGCUAACCCAUGUAACCAAACUUUUGCUCCGUGUCUGAAAAGCCCAGAAGAUUUCAUUCAAGCUGCUCACCUUGCCUCCUCUACACCGUUCAAUACCAUUUCAGUGCCUUUAGCCCAAGAGAUGCAACCUAAAGUCAUUGAGAAUCCUUGGGAUGAGAAUUUAAACUUCCAGCUUCUGUCCAGACUGCCAAAACCAAUAAGUGCUUAUCCCAAUACUUUCCAGUGGGCAUCGAAACUUCCAGUUGUCAGACCAAAAAUUGUUGUCACAUUAGCAUCCACAUCCUUCCACGUUGAUUGCUUACUUGGAGAAGGAGCUUUUGCACAUGUGUAUCAAGCUUCUGCCCUUGAUAUGGAUAACUCUAAGAAUAAUCAGAGAGUAAUACUGAAGGUACAGAAAUCUGCAAGCCCCUGGGAAUUCUAUAUAGCAGCUCAGCUGGCUGAAAGACUGAAGCCCAGCAUGCAUCACCUUUGCAUCCAAUUCUAUGGUGCUCACUUCUUUCAAAAUGGAAGUGUUCUAAUAGGGCAGCUUUACAGUUACGGAACUUUGCUGAACACCAUAAAUAUAUACAAAAAACUAACAGAGAAGGUGAUGCCUCAAGCUCUGGUUAUCUACUUCACCAUAAAAAUCCUGCACAUGGUAGAAGAGCUUCACAAGUGUGGAAUAAUUCAUGGUGACAUUAAACCUGACAACUUUAUAUUUGGUGAAAGGUUUCUGGACAAUGACACAUGUGAUAUUGAUGGCACAUCUCAUGGCCUGACAAUUAUUGACUUUGGUCAAAGCAUAGAUAUGACCCUGUUUCCUGAAGGAACUGCUUUCAUGGGGAAGUGUGAGACAUCUGGAUUUCAAUGUAUUGAAAUGAUUACAGGCAAGCCGUGGAAUUACCAGACUGAUUAUUUCGGAAUUGCUGCAACAGUGUACUGCAUGUUAUUUGGCACAUAUAUGAAAGUAAAAAAUGAACAAGGUAUCUGGAAACCUGAUGGUACCUUUAGGAGGACUCCCAAUGGAGAGAUCUGGAUUAAUUUCUUCAUCACUUUGCUGAACAUACAAGACUGCAACCACUUGCCUUCUUUGGGAGCUUUACGAUUAACGUUGAGAGACUUAUUUUUAAAAACUUACUCCAAUAAAAUAAUAGCUCUCCGUAACAGGCUUGCGGUGUUGCUUGUUGAAAACAAACGAUCACGGAAGUAAAUGAUGGAUUCUUGUGAAACAAUGAAAAGUUUUUGAGAUUGUUUGAUCAAGUCUUCAUGAAGUUUCAUCUUGUUCCGUCAAGUGGCAGUUUCACUUUGCUUUGACUUGUAAAGGUUGGCACUGCACUGCUGCUUAAAUAGUGGACUAUUAAGUGAUUUGACAAGUGUUGGCUACCCUUUGCUAACACUUCUCAAAAAUGUUAAUACUGGAGAUGAACCCUCGUUUUGGAACUGGGCAGCAGAAAAAUAGGGAACAAGGAGUGGAAUGUUGAGAGAAAAAUUAACAUCAAGAGAUUCAAAGCUUGAGAAUGAAAAUUGAGAUGGUGAAGAAAUCAGCUUAAUCCCAUCUAAAUAUCUAAAUGCUCCAGUGUCUUUUUUCCCCCCUGUGGGUACUUUAUGAACAAUAAAAUGUGCUUUCAAAGGAAAAUUGUCUAGUCAAGUCCUUUUUAAUUUUUCAGAUAAAAGAGUAGAAUAAUAGUAAAUAGAAGGCAUCAAGUGUAAUAGAUAAGUGUAAUAGUAACACCAUACUUGAGUUAAAAGUACAAUUAUAUUGUAUUAAGGCUAUUAGCCAUUAAGUACUGACCCUGGAUCAAGUUUUCUAUAUCUAAAGCUUUUCUAUGAUUGGUUUCCAACAUGAUGGGAAUUGUAGUGUUCAGACAGUUUCUUAUAUAAAUAUGUAAAAGCAGAAACCAAACUGUCUUAUAAUUACAACCAUACCUUUCAUCACAAUUCCUUAUUCCCAAGAAUAAAAACAUUACUGCUGGUCCCUUUGUCAUUGCUACAGGAAAAUAAGUCAUAGCUGAUGGUCCCAACUGCAGUCAGUAAGUGACUAAUGUAUACCUAUAAGUUGAAGGAAAAACACUUACAAUUUUGAGAAUAAGUACAGUAGGGGAACAAACUAUUAUCCACUGUGUACUUUGGAAAGCUUUCAUCAAUGAUGGAAAGCAACCAAUGACUUCAGGUGAAAGUAAUUCAUCUAAAACAUCUGACACAUACUGCAUUGCUACAUGGAGAGGUAUACAUCAGUUGAGGACAAACCCCAGACACUAGUGGGGAAGAAGGAGAGCAGAUUUGGCAGGGAUUUUCCAGAAUAGAAAGAAGCUUUAUUCUAGGGCAGCAGUCUCCAACUGUGGCAAGUUUAAGACUUGUUGGCGUCAACUCCCAGAGUUGACGUCUACAAGUCUUAAAGUUGCCACGGUUGGAGACCCCUGUUCUAGGGCAAGCACGCAGAGCAUGGCUUCUAUAAUUCUUUCCGAACUCUUUAACAGCUAUUCCACCUAGAUGAAAAGAAGGAAGUGUGUUUAAGCCAAUAUCCCUGUGUCUUUAUAGACUCAUUGGUGGAUUCUUUUUUCUGGAAGCCAUUUUUGAAGAACAGCAGAUAUGAAUUUUGAAGAGUAACAAAUUUGGUUCCAUUCUGAUUUGUUCUCUAAGAGUCCUGAGCUUCUUGUACAAAUAAUUUCUUUCCAAAAUAUAUUGGAAAUAUAUUUCCCAGAUAACCUUUCCCCCUCCCAGCAUA